AGCUGCGACAAACCCCUGCCUUUGUCUGGAACCGCCCGCAGGUCCUCACACGUAAAAUACAAGAGGGAGCUGAAUCAGACUUUGAUCUUGCACCUGGGUCCCUAAGGUAGCGAAACUCAUCAAAAAUAAUGCGGAGUAAACAAGACCUCACCCAAUAAGGGGAAGCUGUGGUCAAAAGCAUUUUGUCCCGGAACCCCUCUGCCUUCCCCAGACCCUGGCGCGGAGCCCAACAAUUGAUGUCUCUCCGCGGCACUUUUCUUCAUUUCCUUGGAGGUCUCAUCUGCUUUCUAGAUCUGCCUGGGGAGAAUGGGGGCCUCUUUUCCAAGAAGCCCAGAGCCUGUGGAGCCCCCAGCGCCCGCUCUCGCUGUCCCCUGCGGAGGAGCCCUGCUGGCUGUCCUGAUGCUGCUGGCGCUGCCGGCCGCCUGGGGUCAAUGCAAGGCCCCAGAGUGGUUUCCAUUUGCCAAGCCUGAAAGUCCAACUGAUGAAUCUGUGUUUCCCAUUGGGACUCCUUUGAAGUAUGAAUGUCGCCCUGGUUAUAUCAAGAGACGGUUUAAUAUCAUUUGCCAAGAAAACUCAGUCUGGACAAAUGCCGAAGACAAGUGUAAACGUAAAACAUGUAAAAAUCCUUCAGAUCCUUUGAAUGGCAUGGUGCAUGUAGAGUCAGACACACAAUUUGGAUCCAGAAUUACUUAUACUUGUAAUACAGGGUACCGACUCAUUGGCACCUCCAGUGCUCAAUGCGUGAUCUCAGACACUACUGUCAUUUGGGAUGAAGAAGCACCUAUUUGUGAAAGAAUUCCUUGUGAGCCACCUCCGGCCAUUGCCAAUGGAGAUUUUGUUAGCUCUAACAGAGAAUAUUUCCUGUACGGAAUGGUGGUGACCUAUCACUGCAAUAAUGCAGACAGAGGGAGAAAGCUGUUUCACCUCGUGGGAGAGCCCUCCAUAUACUGCACCAGCCAUGACAAUCAAGUUGGCGUCUGGAGCGGCCCUCCCCCACAGUGCAUCGUACCUAAUAAAUGCACCCCUCCACACGUUGAAAAUGCAAUAAUGCUAACUGAAAACAGAAGCUUAUUUUCCUUAAAUGAAAUAGUGGAGUUUGGAUGUCAGCCUGGCUUUGUCAUGAAAGGACUCACCCGUGUGCGGUGCCAGAAUCUAAACAAAUGGGAGCCGGAGUUACCAAGCUGCUCCAGGGUGUGUCAGCCACCUCCAAAAAUCCUGCACGGCGUGCAUACUCCAAGCAAUAAGGAUCAGUUUUCCCCUGGGCAGGAAGUGUCGUACAGCUGUGAGCCUGGGUAUGACCUCCUAGGAGCUGCUCUUCUGCGCUGCACACCUCAGGGAGACUGGAGUCCGGCUGCACCCAUGUGUGCAGUGAAAUCCUGUGAUGACUUCCUGGACCAACUCCCCAAUGGCCGUGUGCUAAUUCCACUGAAUCUCCAGCUGGGAGCAAAAGUGACCUUUGUUUGUGAUGAAGGGUUUCAAUUAAAGGGCAGUUCUGCUAGUCAUUGUGUUUUGGUUGGAAUGAAAAGCCUUUGGAAUAGCAGUGCCCCUGUGUGUGAACAAAUCUUUUGUCCAAGUCCUCCAACUAUCCUUAAUGGGAGACACUCAGGAGCUUCUCUGGAAGUCUUUCCUUUUGGAACAUCAGUGAUUUACACAUGUGAUCCCCAACCAGACAGGGGGAUCACCUUCAGCCUCUUUGGGGAGAGCACCAUCCUCUGCACGAGCAACCACCAAGGGCAUGGGGUUUGGAGUGGCCCUGCUCCUCGCUGUGUACUUCUGGGUUACUGUAAAACUCCUGGUUCUUUUCAGUUUGCUAAGUUGAAAACCCAAACCAAAGAAUCUGAGUUUCCCAUUGGGGCGUCCUUAGAGUUUGAAUGCGGCCCUGGGUACUACAGGAGGUCGUUCUCUAUCACGUGUCUAGAAAACUUGGUCUGGUCCAGUCCCAAAGAUGUCUGCAAACGAAAAUCAUGUAAAACUCCUUCAGAUCCUACGAACGGCUUGGUGCAUGGAGACUCAGACACCCAGAUCGGAUCUAGAAUUAAUUAUACGUGUAAUAAAGGGUACCGACUCAUUGGUCACUCGUCUGCUGAAUGUAUCAUCUCAGGCAAUAUUGUCAAUUGGAACACAGAGCCACCAAUUUGUGAACGGAUUCCUUGUGAGCCACCUCCGGCCAUUGCCAAUGGAGAUUUCAUUAACACCAAUGGAGAAGAUUUCCUCUACGGAAUGGUGGUGACCUAUCGCUGUAAUGGUGCAGACAGAGGGAGAAAGCUGUUUCACCUCGUGGGAGAGCCCUCCAUAUACUGCACCAGCCAUGACAAUCAAGUUGGCGUUUGGAGCGGCCCUCCCCCACAGUGCAUCGUACCUAAUAAAUGCACCCCUCCACACGUUGAAAAUGCAAUAAUGCUAACUGAAAACAGAAGCUUAUUUUCCUUAAACGAAAUAGUGGAGUUUGGAUGUCAGCCUGGCUUUGUCAUGAAAGGACCCACCCAGGUGCAGUGCUGGC